UCAAAAAAUCUUACUAGAGGAGCAAGAAAGUUGUUUUAGCAGCCAUGGCCAAGCAUCAUCCUGAUUUGAUCAUGUGCCGGAAACAACCAGGCAUUGCCAUUGGGCGAUUGUGCGAGAAAUGUGAUGGCAAAUGCGUAAUAUGCGAUUCCUAUGUGCGCCCCUGUACGCUGGUUAGGAUUUGUGAUGAAUGCAACUAUGGUUCAUUCCAGGGAAGGUGUGUCAUAUGCGGAGGGGUUGGAAUCUCAGAUGCUUACUACUGCAAAGAGUGUACACAACAGGAGAAAGAUAGAGAUGGCUGUCCGAAGAUUGUCAAUCUUGGGAGUGCCAAAACUGAUCUCUUCUAUGAACGUAAGAAAUAUGGAUUCAAAAAACGAUGAUUGUUGAUUACUCAGCUAUUCGUUAUUAUCCUUAGGCAAGUGUCUGUACUCGUCUGUGUUAAGAGAAAUUUAGGCAUGGAUUCAAAAACUAUUGUUUGUUGCUCUUGUGUCUUAUUGUUUAGUCGGACGUGCUAUCUUGUUUUUAUGGUUGGUUAAUGUCUUUAAGUGGUUUUGA